AUACGGUUGCUGAUUCGUGUGAUCCUAAAGCUGCUGAGAUUGUAGGAGGCAAUUAUACUCUACUGGAAGAUGGAACCACAUUGCUCUAUGAGUGUCCUCAGGGACAGUAUCCACAUCCGACACAAUUCCGGUUUUGUAAGGAUGGCAACCAGUGGAGCCCCUUGACCGGCAGGGAUGGCAGGAUUGUCCAGCAGGCUGUGUGUCAAGCCGUCCGAUGUGUCAGGCCUCUAGAAUUUGAGAAUGGUGUUUUCGAGACCUUCCAGCAAUUUUACGACAUAAACCAGGAGCUGAGGUUCGCUUGCUACGAUGGAUACCAGCUGCGGGGCUCCCAGAUUCGUACCUGUCUCCCCAAUGGGAAAUGGAGUGGAGAAACAGCCAUAUGUGAUGAUGGAACCGGCCAUUGUCCUGAUCCAGGAAUUCCAAUUGGUGCUCGAAAAUACGGCACAGAGUACCAAGCAGAUAGUACGGUCCGCUACCAGUGUUCGAGAGGGUUGUCUCUUAUCGGAUCUAAGGAAAGAGUUUGCCAAAGAUCAGGAACUUGGAGUGGAUCAGAACCAGAAUGUCGAAGCCCAUUCACCUUUGAUUCUAAAGAAGAAAUCAAGACCAAGUUCCUUCCAUCCCUCACUGAAGUUGCUUUGUCUGCCAGUCAAGGAGCAUCAGCUAACAACAAAAGUGACCAACUUAAUAUCUACUUUGUCCUUGACACCUCACAAAGCUUUGGCCGAACAAGAUUCACAAAGGCUAAGGAAGCUUUGGUCAAGUUAAUCAAGAAGAUCUCCAGCUAUGACCUCCUUCCCAAUUAUGGCAUUGUGACUUUUGCCACUUAUAGCAGAAUAGCUCUGAGUACAAUUAACCCACACAGUAGCGAUGCUGACUGGGUGUCUGAAUUGCUGAGCUCCAUUAGCACCGAUGUGCACGAGCUGAAGCCUGGAACCAACAUCGGGAGUGGCUUUCGAUGUGUCUAUGAAAUGAUGAUUGCACAGGACUCGGAGGAGAAGCGAAGGGGGAUGAACCCCACUCCUGUCUCCACCACAGCCCAUCAUAUCAUCAUCCUCCUAACUGACGGCAGCUACCAUGUCAGGGACUCCUCAUCUCCUGCUGUCCUACAAAUAAACAUUGGGAGAUCUUCCCCAAACCCUCGUGAUGAUUAUUUGGAUAUUUAUGUCUUUGGUAGUGGCCAGGACAUCAACAUAGAAGCUAUUAAUGAAUUGGCUUCUCACAAGCCCAAUGAGAGACACAGCUUCAUUUUGAAGGACUUCGCUGAACUGAAAGAGGUCUUGGAGGAGAGUUUGGAUGACGGUGAAUCUUUGCCCAUGUGUGGUUUCUCCCCUGGAGAAGCAGCAGCAGAUGACUAUGAAAAGAAUCCCUGGUUUGCAAGAAUCGUCAUCAAUGAAUCACGGCAAGAAAUCUGCAAGGGAGUCAUUGUCUCUGACCGGGACAUCUUGACAGCUGCCCACUGCUUGGCCAGGAUUAAUGGAAUCGAAGAUAUCAGUGUCAUCCUUGGAACAACCAACUUUGCAGUAGCUGAAAUCCGACGCCACCCAGAAUACAAUAGUCAGAAUGUACAAAAUAAGGACAGCCCAGAGUUCUAUGAUUUUGAUGUUGCCCUGGUCAAACUCAAAAACCACCUUCCAUCUUUUGCAAGGCCAGUCUGCCUGCCAUGUACAAUAGAAACCACUCGGAUUCUGAGAAAGCCACACCCACAAACCACGUGUAAGGAUCACGAGGAAGAACUCCUGUAUGGUGGAAAUAUUCCUUCUCUUUUCAUCGCCACCUGUAAAUAUAGGAAUGGCCAGAAACCUGGAUUGCUCAGGAGAAAUGUGUGGAUCAAGAAUGGAGAAAAGAAAAUGGCCUGCUACCUGGAUGCUGAGAAAGCCAGACGAUACGAGAACGUUGCAAAUAUCUCAGAGGUGUUGAAUGAGCACUUCCUUUGCACAGGAGGCACCGAUCUGCAAGUGGACCCCAACGUUUGUUCAUAUGACGCUGGUGGACCUCUCCUCAUUCAGAGAAGGCUACGUUACAUCCAGCUGGGUGUGAUCAGCUGGAGCGUGGUUGACACUUGCAAAGGCGAUAGAUCAUUAUUGUGCGACUCGGAGCCUGUAAAGAAGAAGCCCCUCCCCCACGCCAGGGAUUUCCACACCAACAUCUUCAAAAUUCUACCUUGGCUUAAGGAGCAAUUGGGGACAGAGGUGGAGUUCCUAUAA